AUGGUCACUAUGUUUGAAUUUCUAUCUAUCGAUGUUCUUUAUGAAAUAUGUGCUUAUUUGUCACCUGUUGAUAUUCUUCGAUCAUUGGCAUCAUUGAAUAAACGUUUCUCAACGAUUUUUAUGUAUCAAUUUUUGUGGCAUAUUCAUAUUGAUGGUGAUAGAAUGUCGUUAUUGAUGUUCAAUGAUUUUUGUGAAAAUAUUUUAAAAGUAGUAAGACAUAGAGUUGUUUCACUACGUAUUACAUUCAAGUAUGUUGUUGGUGGAUGGUCACUCGUUUCAUCAGCUUUGAAAUAUCAUCAAACAAUGCUACUUCGACAUGUACAACUGAUUGAUAUUCAACCAUAUGAAUUUGAUAAAUUUUUAUGUAAUCAUUUAACAAAACAAUUGCAUACUUUAAUCGUUGAUGUAACAGAACAUAAUCCAUUCAAUUAUCAAGCUAUGGAAGGAGCAUAUCUGGCUAAGUCUAUGGAUCCAACUGGUUUGUUUCCACGAGCUAAUGAACUGCUCAUUGAAGGUUUGAAUGGCGGAAGUUCUCAUCAUGAACUCAGUAAAUCUAGAAAGCCUACGUCAUCAUUUGUUCCAUGGUCAUUGCUAACAAAAAUUGUCAUUGAUGGUAGCUAUUUUAUUAGUGCAGCUGAAUUAGAAGCAAUAUUAAGAAUGUCUUAUAAUGUACAUACGCUACAAAUAAAAGAAGAUAACGGUAGUUUAUGCCGCGCUAUAUUAUUUGACACAGCCAAUCUGGCAACUCGUAUCAAUCAACAGAUAAAAUCAUUUGAUAUGGAUGCUGAGAGCAUAACAUUACGCAAUGGUGAAUACUUCUGCAAACGUAUCUUCAAUCGACUGCCUGACUUGAAACACUUUUCAUUUUCUCUUCAUAAAUCACAUGAUGAAUUCGGUUGGCAUUCGUCAAAUACUCGUCAUGGUCAAAUAGCAUGUACAGAACGUAUUGUUAAUCAUAUUUGUUAUCUUCUCGAUCAUUUUCAACAACUUGUUUCACUUGAUAUGUCUUUUGUUGGUUGGACUUUCACUGCAACACCAUGCUUUUCAUAUCUUAUUCGACGACAACUGCAUAAAUUGCUGCUUAACCGACCUUAUCGAGUACGAUGUUCUGAAAAGAUUCAAAUCUGGCUUUAA